CAUCACUUGCAUUGAUCGUCACAGGUUAUAUUACUUUACCAUUGACUUAUUAUAAGGUUUUUAAAUGCAUCAGUUUUGUGUCUUCUUGUUUCUGUUUUAUUUUUUGGAUUUCAAUAUCUCAGAUGCUGCCAUCAAAACGAUAUCCUUAUCACCUCUAAAAUGCAGUUAUGGUGUGCAAGAUUUCAAAGUUAAUCCAGAACAUAGUUAUAAAGUCGUCUACAAUGGCGGGAAAAUAAAAAUGUUUUGUGCUUUACUGCUGUUUUACGGAUUUUCUGAUGACAAAGACUACAAUGAAUAUACUUAUCAAAAAUGUGUCAGCAUAGAAGAAUUUAACAGCGACUGUGGGUCUUCUAACGUCACAUUGGAAUACAGAACUCUUACUGGAACAGCCUCAGUCAGGUACCUGAAGGAUACAUUUCUACAACAUACAUAUUCAUGUAAUGACCAAUUAUCGGACAUACCAGAGUUUUGUACAACUAAUUCAAGUUAUCACCAAGAUCUGUACAUACAUUUGGUUGCACCCGAGAACUCCGCAGCAAGAAUCGUUUUCAACGUCAGAAAUGGAGACAAAUAUAAACUAGACUGCAAUAAUACAAUCUUUGAAAGCUGCAAAGAUCAGGGAGAAAAUAAGAACCAAAAACAUGAUUCUUCAGAUGAUGACUCGCCAAACCUUGAAGCACUUCCAUAUAUUGGAGCAAUUGCUGGUGUACUUCUUAUUCUUGCUAUUCCCACAGCGGUAGUACUGUGUCGACGUUAUAGGCGGAGAAAGGAAAGACGAGAAAGAAUACGAAAAGUAGAAAAAGAGGUGUACGACAUGUAACGUAUGUGAGUGAACGUCUGAGAGGUCAAAUCAACUGUCGUCAUAUCAGUAUAUCUUAGUUAUUCAAGUGCCUAAAACUAUUUUGACGACUGCACUAAAGGAUUAAUGAUUUUAGAACAAAUUAAAAUGCCUAUCGAAUUUGGGGUUUUUCUAACAACUAAACCUCUCAAAUCAUUUAUUUGGAGACCAAGAUAGGAUACGAUUAUCUUUUUAAUAUGAUCAAGAGUUUAAUCGGAUGAAAGGACAAUAUUAUCUUGUUAGUUUGAUAUAUAACUCGAAUUGGCAGCAAUUUACACAAUUCCAGUACUUUCACCUUCAUGACUUUUAGCGGCAAACAACUUUGCAAACGAUAAAAUUGAUACAAUUGACCGAGUAAGACGCACAAGACACUUAUGAGUUUGUUUAUGUCCUUAGUUUCUUCCGCUUUUCUUUUAGUAAAGUUAGAAUAAGGUAGGGGUCUAAAACGAAGAAGAAGUAAUUAAAGAUGAUUGCACAACACCAACAUCAAGUGAAAAUGAAAGAGAUAAAUGAAACUGAAUGAUUUUUAAUUAUAUACACACAACAUUACCAUACUUUUGAAAAAGAUGUCCGUCUCUAAAUAAAUUCCAAACAAUCAAUGUCGUUAUUCGUGAUCAAGUGGUAAUUGAGAGAAGCUACUUAUACUUAACAUUAGAAAAUAUACUGAAAAAAGCAAAAACAUUUGUUUAAAUCGGAAAUGCAUGAACUAUAAACCGACGCGAAAGAACCGAAAUCGAGUUGUCGGUUAAAAACGAAACUUUAUACCAAAAGAUCAUUUCAAAUAUUGUCCCCGAGGGUUUCACCAGUCCAGUAGUCAACAUUUCGGUGUUGACAUGAAUAUCAAUAAUGUGGUCAUUGUUAUAAAUUUUCUGUUUUCAAAACUUUGAAUUUAUCGAAAAACUAAGGAUGUUCUUAUACCAGGCAUAGAUUACCGUAUAAGCCGUAUUUAGCACAACUUUAAGGAAUUUUGAAUCUUCAAUGCUCUUCAACUUUGUACUUGUUUGGCUUUAUAAAUAUUUGGAUAUGAGCGUCACUGAUGAGUCUGAUGUAGACGAAACGCGCGUCUGGCGUACUAAAUUAUUAUCCUGGUACCUUUGAUAGCUAUUGUAACUUUGUAUAACACCGCCCGUGUCUGAUUAAAAAGUUGAUGAACCAGAAUUAUGUCAACGAAUGUAUCGUCAUUUUUGUAAAAGAAAAUUGUACGAAAGGUACAAAGACCUUGUUGAUAAAUAUAACAUACUUCAAAAUUAUAGAAAUGAAUCUGGGAACCUUCUUUUUUGUCAACUUAAUAACGUGUUGUAGUAUUCUUUUAUUUGUCUUUAUGAAUAUUACUUUUACUGUUUUAUCUGUUUUAGUAAUAACCAUUUGAAGUGG